GACAGGCCAUUCUACAAACUAUUUUUUAUAUGAAAACAGAACUUAAAUGGGACACGUAGCAGUAAACCCUACCUAUGAAGCAAUUUUUUUGGUUUGGAAAACUUGUAGUUGUAAUAAUUUCUGAUAAUGACAAAGGAAACAUCUUCCUCGGGUCGAGAAAAGACCGUUGACUGGACUUUUUAUAAUAUCAAUCUUUCUGUGUUUAUAAUCAGCCAUAAUAACUAUUAAUUUGUUAAAUUCAAUAGGGUAUGUGGCGAGAUACCUAUCCAUACUUUGAUAGGGUUUCUACCUCCAGACACCUAUCCAUACUUUGACAGGGUUUCCACCUCCAGACGAAGCUCUGCAGCAGUGGAAAGAACUAGUGCAAUGAGGAAAUCCGUGAGGAUUUUAUUACUUCUAUAUUUAACUACCUGCGUUGUUUCCCUAAUUAUAUCAUGGAAGCUUUACUCUCUGCAUCUCGUUCUCCGAGUUUAUCCCCUAGUUACCACUAUCCUGUUCAUAGUAUCUUGUGUUUUUCUCUUCCUUGUCUUCCUGAGACACUAUAUGAACAGAAGCCGUGUCUCUCAUUUCCAAAAGCUUCAUUUUCAAAUUGAGGAAGCCAAAAUCAAAAGAAUUUCCCAGCCAUGCUUGAAAUUCACGCGGAAAGAGUUGCUUGAAGCAACAGGGAAUUUUAGCGACAGAAAAAUAAUUGGGAAAGGCCAAUUUGGAACAGUUUACAGAGGAAUCCUUGCCAAGGGCCAAACAGUAGCCAUAAAAAGAAUGGAAUUUUCUGAGGAUAGAGAGUAUUGUCUAAAACAUUUCUUGUCAGAGCUCCAGAUUUUGGAGGGCCUUCGUCACAGAAAUCUUAUGAGAAUAUUGGGCUAUUUUUUCGACGGCCAAGAAAUGAUAAUAGUGUCCAAAUUCAUGGCUAAUUUUAGCCUGGACGUUCUGUUGCACGGCCCAUUGGAUUGCAGACUGGAUUGGAAGCAAAGAUUGAAUAUAGCAGUUGGAGUCGCACAUGGGUUGGCUUAUCUUCACCAUGAAUGUAUGAAUACAAUUGUGCACUGCGAUCUGAAACCUGGAAAUAUACUUGUUGAUGAACAUUUGGAAGCCCAUAUUGCUGACUUUGGCGUAGCCAGGAUUAUGACCAAUAAUGAGAAAGAGCAUAUCAAAUGAGACCUUCUCCAAAAGAUGUAUACAGCUUUGGAGUUAUACUAUUGGAGCUAAUAAGUGGUGUGAAGCCAACAAGUUCAAAUUUAGCUGAAAAAGGAUCGACCCUUUCACAAUGGGCAAACAAGACACACAAAGAACAUAAUUUGAUAGAGUUCAUUGAUCAUCUUAUGAAAACUGUUUAUAUGGAUAAAAAAGUUUAUGAGGAAAUGGAAAGAGUUAUAAGAUUGGGAAUCAUUUGUACACAUGAAAAUCUAAAAAUGAGACCACAUAUGAAGGAUGUGGUUAGAAUAUUGAUAGACAUAAAUCAAGGAAUUAGAGACUUCAAUAUACCAAUUUCUAUACUAGCAGAACAACAGUUUCAAUAUCUUGAAAAAUUGAGUGGUUCCUCCACAUCCUCCUAGUAAGUAAAGUAAAAUCUUAUGUACCACGAUCUAAUGUAAUCCAAGUUACUCUUAUUAACUCUCAAACUUGUAUAUUUCCAACUUGUU